UGUUAUGACUCUUUUUAAAAAUGAAUCUGUUAACAUCUUUUAAUUAAUCUAUAGUCAGAGUUAGACAGUGGGAUGAGAACAGCAACAACGAUGAGUUUAACAUCAGCAAGUGGAUUUAUCGUCUUCCUUCUCUCUGUUACAGUUGUUCAGGGUCAGAAUGAAUGGGGAGUGACUUACACUUCUACUCAGAUCUGUGCCUUAAAAGGAUCAACAGUCGACAUGAGCUGCACCUACACAUAUCCACAGUGGAUCGGAAGUCAUGUAACUACAGUUGAGGAAACAUUCUGGUUUAUUAAUAGCGGCAUUAACCUUGUAGAUCUGAAAACAAAGUCAGAGUACAAAUAUCGUGUGCAUUUUCCUUACCAUAAGAACGACUGUUCUGUGAGAAUCUCAGACCUGAGACAGAGCGACUCAGCUCAGUACCAGUUCAGGUUUAUAACAAACCAACCUGGUGGACAUUAUACUGGUUCACCUGGAGUCACUCUGACUGUCACAGAACGUCCAGAUCUCCAGGUCCAUGUGACCAGAUCAUCAUCCUGCAGGAAUUCUAAUUGUGUCCAAGUAGAGCUGAAGUGUCACAGCAGCUGUCGUCUACCUGACAAUUACAAAUACACCUGGAUCAAAAACAGAAAAGAGAUUUGGAUUGCUCCAACGGUUCCUUCAGUGUCUUUCAGUCCCUCUGGUGAAAUUAUAGAGGGCAGUUCAGUGACUCUGACCUGUACCAGUGAUGCAAACCCACCUGUUACUAAAUACACCUGGUACAAGAGAGGAAAGAAUCAACUUCAGUCAAGAGAUCCUCCCAGACUUCCCUCUGUGUCCGUGAGUCCGUCUGGUCAGAUAGUUCAGGGCAGUUCAGUGACUCUGACCUGUACCAGUGAUGCAAACCCACCUGUUACUAAAUACACCUGGUACAAGGAGGAUGAAGACUCACCAAAAGCAUCAGGACAGAACUUCACCAUCACUGACUUCAGAUCUGAACACAGUGGGAAUUAUUACUGUGAAGCCCAGAACAGCAGAGGACGACAGAACUCCACCUCACAUCUGCUUGUCCUAUCUGGUACGUUGUGUAUAUACUUUUAA